AUUUAUACCCUAAUUAAUUCAGAAUAAUCUUUUAUUAAUCUAUUCUAUUCUCACUUCCUCUGGUGUUAAAUUUAUGAGCUCGGACUGCGAGAAUUUAGACGUAAAACUGAACCUAUUCAAUACUCCAAUGCCCACAAUUCCCGCUACUGUUUACGGGCCGUGCUUGACGUAAUUGAAAACGCGACACGUUAACUCCAACAACUUUUUAAACUAAGAUACUUCUUUCGGCUUUUGCUGUAGAUUUCGAUUCAAUAAUGAUUUUGAAUACUCGAAAUUAUCCUUUCGGAUUAGGUUUUUACAAUUAGAGACUGUAAAUACCUGUUUCUUUUGAAUUUCGCGCUGUUCUUACCCGCCAGACGAUAGGAUAGUCAACGGCAAUUACUUUAAUCAGCUGUGAGUUAUCACACUGCUACGUACGAUAGCUAGCUACUUCCAAACGUGUUUUAUUCCCAAUUUUGCUUUAAAAUGCAGACUACAGACAUAGGAAACAAGGAGGAUGGGAAAAUAUGGCAUCGAAAACCAACACCAAUCAAUGGGGUCAUGGUCAGUGUGAUUCACAGUGCAGCUGCAUAUCAGUCCAAAAUUGUCCGUUUCCUCCAUAUCACCUUUGACGCCACGGGGGACUCUUUCCUGGCUGGCGACCAUCAUGGGAAUAUUUAUGUUUUUGACAUCAGCGCAAACAGGUUUAGACUUAUUCAAAAGACAGGCCAAGCAUGCACAGCCCUGGCUUUUAAUCUUCGCAGGACAACAGAGUUCUUGGUUGCUCUGGCCGACUACUCCGUCAAGUGCUUUGACAAAGAUACCAAGCAGCUGGUGAGCUGGAUGCGGGGCCACGAGGGGGCGGUAUCCUCGGUGUCGGUCCACAGCUCUGGCCGCUAUGCCAUCACCACGUCGACUGACACGGCUCAGCUCUGGGACCUGGACACCUUUCAGAGGAAGAGGAAGCUCAAUGUCCGCCAGUCUGUUGGGAUACAGAGGGUGUUCUUCCUUCCCCUAAGCAACACCAUCCUCAGCUGUUUCAGUGACGACUCCAUCUUUGCCUGGGAGUGUGACACGUUGUUCUGCAAAUACCAGCUGCCCGUCCCUGACCAGGGGCCCAGAUUUCACUACAAAGCGUUUGCCGUCACACGGGAUGGGAAGACGCUGGCUGCUGGGGGUCGGUCCAACCUGCUCCACCUGUGGUGUCUGGAGGCUCGGCAGCUCCUCCGAGUGAUCCAGAUGCCCCCUAAGGUCCGCACUGUCAGACAGCUGGACUUCCUACCGGACAGCUUUGACGGUGGCUCCAGUCAGACUCUCGGGGUUCUCAGUCAGGACGGGAUAAUGCGUUUCAUCCACAUACAGACCUGUAAGCUGCUCUUCAACAUCGGAUCCCAUGACAACGCCAUCACCUCAGCCGCUGUCAGUCCCAACGGACGCCAUGUUGUCACUAUAAUGGACAACGGGGGCUUGAACAUCUACGCUGUGCAGAGUCUGACCCAGGAAUUCAAUAAGCCUCCUCCGCCCCUGGUCAAAGUGGUGUCUGGUGGAGGCCCUUCAGCUCUGACUGUGAAGGUUAAAUCAGAAUCUGUCCAGAGGCCAAGUAAAACCUCCAGUCGAUCGGUCAAGACCAAAGUCCUGAGGCCACCGGCGGUCUCCGUGGCGGAGGAAAAAGAGAAUGAACUGCCUGACGGGCUGAACCAGAAGAGGCUGUUGGGGUUGCUAAAGGCAUUUGGAGAAUAUCCUGCAAAGUACAGGAUGUUUGUGUGGCGCUCGCUGUUACGGCUGCCGGAGAACCAUGCUGCCUUCAGCAGUCUCACCGACAAAGGCCUGCACUCCGCCUACAUCAGCAUCCAGGAGCGCUACCCAAUCAAGAGCCACAAACUGCAACGAGGCCUCCAAAGGGUGUUGUCUGCACUGGCUCACUGGGCGGCCAUCUUUGGAGAGACGGAGUACUUGCCCCUGGUGGCGUUUCCCUUCGUCAAGCUCUUCCAGAAUAAUCCACUCCUCUGUUUUGAAGUGGUCGCCACCAUUAUAGUGAACUGGUGCCAGCACUGGUUUGAGUACUUCCCAAACCCUCCUCUGAACGUUCUGAGCAUGGUGGAGAACGUUCUGGCCCACCAUGACAAAGAACUACUCCAGCAUCUCACAGACUGUGGAGUCACCUCUCAGCUGUACGUCUGGCCCCUCCUAGAGACGCUGUUCUCAGAGGUCCUGACCAGAGAAGAGUGGCUGAAACUCUUUGACAACGUCUUCUCCAACCAUCCUGCUUUCCUGUUGGUCACUGUGGUGUCCUAUGUCACCUGUUGCCGUGCUCCCCUGCUGCUCUGCAACCACAAGGAGGACUUCAAGUAUUUCUUCCACCACCGUAACAACCUGGACAUCAGCGCCAUGAUCAAGGAGACCUACAGGUUGAUGGAGGGCACCCCUGCUGAGAUCCAUCCCAGGAACAUGCUGGCUGACUUCCAGCCCCUGACCAGAGGACAGUACCCUGUCUUUAACAAGUACCCCACCUACAUAGUUGAGUACCAGUCUCAGGAGAGAGAAAGGAUACGGCAACAGGAGAUGGAGUUCCUCAGAGAGAGGCAGGCCGUGCAGGAGCUCCGUGCCGAGACGGUGCGUCGACAGGCUGAGGAUGAGGCCUGGUACACACAGCAGGAGUUACUGCAGCAGGCUGAAGAACAACGCAGGAACAUCUUACAGCAGGAGGAGAACAAGCUGGCCGAGCAGAGAACCAGGUUGGCAGCCAUGAAGCGUGAGCUGAAGGUGAAGGAAAUGCAGCUGAUGGAUGCGGCCCGGAGACGCUUCCAGAAGCACCAGCAGCACCAGAGGCUGACUGACCUGCACAGACUAGAUGAUCAGAUACAGCAGAAGAUGAAGCUCAGAGAGCAGGAGAGUGCAGCAGCAGUCCAGGACGCAGAAGUCCGACAGAUAGAGCUGGAGACACAGAGACGCCUGUUUGAACAGCAACUGGCCCAGGAACAGGUUAGUGUGAAUCAGGAGGUGAGAGCAGAGGUGGACACCAGGACACGCAGGUCAGAGGUCGAUAAGACCGCCUUCAGGCGGCACCUUGAUGAUGACACUGACAUUGGCCUGGGGACCAACCAGGUGAGCAGGACCAACCAGAUUCUGGUAGAGUCCAUGGCUGAAGCGGGCCAGGUCUGUACAGACACAGAAUGGCAGGCUGAAGUGCUUAGACGUCUGGAGAGGGACGAUAUGCACCAGGACAGCCACAACCAACUCCUGGCCCGGGUACACAGAGAGACACGCGCCAAGGAAGACCAGCUGGUCAACGCCAUGAAAGACAUGGAGGGAAAGAUGUGGGAAGAGGUGGUAGCCCAGAAAGCCAAGCUGGAGGAGGAGAAGCUGGCUGCAGACUCAGCUGAGGCCCACAGAAGAGUCUUCCUCAGUCAGGAUCAAGAGGAGAUGGAGCAGCACCAAGAAGACCUCUGGAGCCAGGCCCGUUCUGUGGCAGGCCGACAGUGGGAGAGGAGCGCCAGGUCCCCGUGCUCCACUAGAGGACUUCUGGUACGGCCUGCUGGCUCAGGUCCAGCUCUGACGGAACCCAACACACCCUUCUGUUUAAACAACCAGUCCACCUCGGGUGAAUCCACUAGCUUCUCCCUGGACCGGGGUCGAGCCGAGCUGGACUGCAGGGAGAGGAAGUUGAUGCAGGACAUUAGAGAACUUCGGCAGAAAUUGGCGACCCGUGCCAAAACCUCCAACUCCACUACCUCACAGUCCCCCAACUCACAGUGACCAAACAUGCACACACCAAAUGUCUGCGUUUUGGAACCACUGUGCCUUUUAUUUUUCAACACCUGGACUUGAAAACGAAACUGAAAGGGUUUUGUGGGUUCCUGCUUGUUUAUCCGUUUCACUGACGACACUGGUAUACAUACAUUUUUAUUUUUUUUUACCUGCCACUGUUCACUAACCACAGCCCAGGUGUUCAAUAGAGUCACAGAGGGGUUAAAUUAUAACAUUCCAAGGUCUUAUUGAGAUUUGUAGAAAACCCCCAUUUGUGUAUUUAUAUUUUAUAAUUUAAAGGUUUUAAUAAAAUGUGGUUGAAUUAUGUAUCCCCUACCCCUUUGAGUAACUUCCUCAGCAAUGUUGGGUUUCAGUAAUAAAUUAACACAUUGGA